GGUGAGAGCAGUGCAGCGCUCAACGGAGAAGCGACAUGGCAGGGCUUCACGUCCGCUCCGUCCUAGUGACGGGGGCCAACCGGGGCAUCGGCCUGGGGCUGGUCCAGCAUUUCCUGGAGAUGCCAAAGCUACCCACGUGGGUCUUUGCGGGUUGCCGGGACCCCAAGGGCCAGCGGGCGCAGGAGUUACAGAAUUUGGCUUCCAAGCACCCCAACCUGGUCAUCGUCCCGCUCGAAGUCAGUGACCCUGCCAGCAUCAAGGCGGCUGCAGCCAGAGUCGGGGAGCAGCUGGGAGGCUCAGGGCUGAACCUCCUCAUCAACAACGCUGCGAUGCUGAUAUGCGACACACUUGAAAACGAGACGCUGGAGAACAUGACCCAGGUUUACACCACCAACACGGUUGGGCCCCUGCUGGUGGGCCAGGCGUUCCUGCCCUUGCUGAAGAAGGCUGCCCAGGGGAGCCCGGGCUCAGCGCUGAGCUGCAGCAAGGCAGCCAUCAUCAACGUGUCCAGCAAUGGGGGCUCCCUCAGUUCUCCUGCUGGUUGGCAUCUGUUGCAAGGUGUCUCCUACCGCUGCAGCAAGGCUGCUCUCAACAUGCUGACCAAGUGCCAGUCCCUGGGCUACCGGGAGCACGGCAUCCUCUGCGUUGCUCUCCACCCUGGCUGGGUGCAAACCGACAUGGGGAGCUCAGUUGGACACACACCCCCCGUGACGGUGGAGGCCAGCGUGCGAGGGAUGCUGAAGGUGCUCUCCUCCCUCGGCGAGAAGGACGCUGGCACCUUACUGGACUGGGAAGGGAAGGUGGUGCCCUGGUGAGACCCCAGCCUGGCCUCCUGGCAGUGGGGCCUGGGGCUGGUG